UAGCGCCUCACAGAAUCAUAUGACGGAAUUAUUAAAGCGGCGUUUAGAAGAAUCAUUGUAACACUCGGCGAAAGGAAACAGCAACUAUGAUGCAUUCUAUUUAUUUAUCCUCAUUAUGACGUAUUCGUGGGCGGAGCAGCAUCAUUUACCAAAGAACCACGUCACUCUGUCAAACUUGCAGUUUUAUAUGAAAUCUUGAGCCAGAUUCAAGACCCCCUUUUUCUUGCUGGAGCCUAUCUGGGUCGGUGGGUCAAAAUGCAGACCGGAUUCAGAAUAAAUUUAAACCCCGUCAAAGAGCCGCUUGGUUUGGUUAAAGUCGUGGAGUGGCUCACUGCAGUGUUUGCGUUUGGGACCUGUGGGGGAUUUACAGGACGAAAUGUGCUUUCCAUCUUCUGUGACGGAGGUGGAAAUGAAUCACUUAGUGCCACUUACAACUACCCAUUCAGGUUAAACCAGGUUUUGCUGGUUGAGAAAAAUGCCACCCUUUGCAACCGCACAGUGUCUGAAACUCAUCUGGUUGGAGACUCCUCUACCUCGGUGGAGUUCUUCGUUGCUGUGGCCGUCUUGGCCUUCCUAUAUGCCAUGGUGGCUCUGCUGGUGUAUCUGGGCUACAUGCAUGUCUACAGAGACUCUGACUUCGGCCCAAUGUUUGAUUUCGUGGUGACAGCAGCCUUUGCAUUCCUUUGGCUGGUGUGCUCGUCGGCAUGGGCGAGGGGACUGCAGAUGGUGAAAGAUGCCACCAGUACAGCUGGCAUUGAUUCCACUCUGGGGCUCUGUAAGGAGAGAGAUGUCAAGUGUGAAGUCACUGAAUUUGCCAGCAUGCGCUCACUCAAUAUAUCCGUGGUAUUUGGUUACUUGAAUCUCAUCAUAUGGGCCGGGAACGCCUGGUUUGUGUAUAAGGAGACACGCUGGCACUCAAAGAAGGUCAACGUGCAAAAUGCAGCGGGGCGUGGCCCUGCUCCAGCCUCCAUCUAAACCCCGCCCCCAAAUGAUUGCCGCACACAAUGACAAACCACAUCUCAGCAGUUUCUCUCUUGAAUCGCAUGUUUCUUCAAUCAAACAAUAUAAAUGUUUAGUUUUUCUUUAUUUUUAAAUCAGAACGAUACAACUUAUAUUUACUUUUAAAUUGCUUUUAAGAAUGUUUUUUCUCAACAUCGGUACUUUAUGGUAUUUUGCUUAUAUUUUCCAGUAUUAAACGUUUCAUUCUUGUAUGCAUUAUCGGGGGAAUCUCAUGAGAACAUGUACAAGCCACCCCAAAAUCUAAAGAAAUAAGUGAGAAAUUAUAUACAAAAUAUUAUAAGAUGAGACAAUAUGGGGUACUGUAGAUAAUAUGCUGAAUUGUCAUUUUCACAAUGCAAAUAAUUUUAAUGGUUUAAUAAAAUUAUAAUUUCAAGUUUUGUUCAGGGUGAAAUAUGCCCUGUGUUUUUGACAGGUUUCAUGAGAUUCAUCCUAUUGCAUAUCCUCUUAGCUAUUUCAAUUAUUUGUAUUUUACAUUUUUGUAUGCUCAUAUCUUUUAUAUUGUGAUCUAUGCAGUUUUUAUGCAGUAUUAUGCAGAAGCGUUUGGUCCACUUAUUAUUUGACUUCCAUUCUUACUGUUCACAGUUAUUCUCUUGUGUCUUAAAUGUAUUUUAUAGUGAAGCAUUGUUCUCCGUGCACAAAACUGCAUAAUGUUUUUAUUGAAUAAAACUGACUGUGAAGUCCAGCUUUG